CUUUUUUCGAAAUGAUAGUGAUGCCAAGCGGAUUUUUCGGUGUUUGUUAGAGAAGAUCAAACCUGCUGCUGCUGCUGAGCCGCCGAGCAUCUGAUGUCCUGCCCACUGUCAGAGCUGAGCACGCGCCGCUUGUGCGAGGCUGUCACCUCCCCAUCAGUCGUCAGGGAGGAGGGCUGCACAGACCGGGGGAGUAGUCGGUGGCAUCUCCGAGGUUCGGUGAAGUUCUGACCGAUUUGAAGACCAUGCAGUUGGAGAACAUCCUUCCAAGCUCCAGCAUCAACUUACCCAAGACCUUCUACAACCUGUCCUCCACGGACAGCGGCAACAACAGCCCCAGGCCGUCAUCGCAGCUCGACUAUCAAGAAGUGGAGCGGCCGGAGUCAGAGAGCAGGAGCGCGCCGAAGAAGUUCCUGGGCGGCGUGGGGACCGGGAUGCUGGGCGAGGGAGAGGGGGACGCGUUUAAGGCCGACGGGAGGAAGGGCUCCCCGGGGCUGGGUGAGGACGAGCUGACGAGCGGCCGACGGUACAACAUAGACGAACUUGGCUCUGACCGCUACUUCAUCUCGUCAUCCCAGGCGAGCUCCGACAUGGCCAACCCCUGCUCCCUCUUCCCCUACACCGGACAGACCGGGUCGGUGUACACCGGGUCGGGCAGCUCCAGGUACCCGGCCUCGCUCCAUUACGGCUCCGUCCUGCCCCCCGCGGGCUUCUCCUCUCCGUCAGUGUGCAGCGGCAGGAGUCAGUUCGGCAGCGGCGGGUACCAGUUCAGCCAGGGUCCGGGCUGCUUGUACCCCUCCUAUCCUGGGACGGGGGCGGGAAUCGGCUCCAUGUCUCUGCCCGGAUCUGCCACCGGGGCGAGGGCGCAGGUCUACCUGUGUAACCGGCCUCUGUGGCUGAAAUUCCAUCGACACCAGACGGAGAUGAUCAUCACCAAACAGGGCAGGCGGAUGUUUCCUUUUCUCAGCUUCAACAUCACCGGACUCAACCUCACGGCCCAUUACAAUGUCUUUGUGGAAAUUGUUCUGGCCGACCCGAACCACUGGCGCUUUCAGGGGGGCAAGUGGGUCACCUGCGGGAAGGCGGACAACAAUAUGCAAGGUAACAAAGUCUACGUUCAUCCGGAAUCCCCAAACACUGGUGCUCACUGGAUGAGGCAAGAAAUCUCCUUCGGCAAGCUGAAGCUGACCAACAACAAAGGAGCAAACAACAACAACACGCAGAUGAUCGUGCUGCAGUCGCUUCAUAAAUACCAACCGCGGUUGCACAUCGUGGAGGUGACAGAAGAUGGAGUGGAGGACAUGAGCAAUGAGGCCAGAACUCAAACCUUCACCUUCCCAGAGAACCAGUUUAUAGCCGUCACAGCCUACCAGAAUACAGAUAUUACACAGCUGAAGAUCGAUCACAACCCGUUUGCCAAAGGUUUCCGGGAUAACUAUGACUCGAUGUACACAGCUCCGGAAAGCGACCGGUUGACUCCGUCGCCGACAGACUCUCCUCGCUCCACACAGAUUGUCCCUGGAGCUCGCUACGCCAUGCAGCCUUUCUUUCAGGACCAGUUUGUCAACAACCUGCCUCAGAACCGAUUCUACACCGGGGAACGCGCCGUUCCCCAAACCAACAGCCUUCUCUCGCCACAGACUGAGGAAGCCAGCGCCGCUGCCUCCGCCCAGCGCUGGUUCGUGCCCCCGGUGCAGCAGCCGUGCUCCAACAAGCUUGAUCUGUCCUACGAAAAUGACUAUUCCACCAGCAGCCUGCUGUCGUACGGCAUCAAACCUCUGUCUCUGCAAACGUCUCACGCUCUCAGCUACUACCCAGACUCUGCCUUUGCCUCCAUGGCCGCAGGCUGGGGCACCAGAAGCUCCUACCAGCGCAAAAUGGCCACAGGGCUGCCUUGGUCCCCCCGCCCAAGCCCUCCAGCCUUUUCAGAGGACCAGCUGGGGGUCACUAAAGACAAGCUGCCUGAGGAGAACCUGCCGCCGACCUCCACCUGGAUCGAGACGUCCAGCUCACUGAAAUCGUUGGACUCUAUCGAUUCCGGCGUGUACUCCAUGGUGUGCAAGAGACGCAGGAUGUCACCCGGGGGCUCGAGUACAGAAAACUCCCCCACCAUCAAGUGUGAGGACUUGACCACAGAGGAAUACAACAAGGACAAUCCAAAAGGCAUGGGUUAUUAUGCAUUCUACACAAGCCCCUAAGACUGUAUUUAUUUAAGCUAAAUAUUUGUUUAUGACUCCAUGUUCGCUAUUCCUCGUUAAUGUCUUUUUUGUUUUGUUUUUGUUUUCUCUUUUCUCUAAAGGUGCCAAAGCUUAGUGUCCCCCCCCCACCCUCAAGCAAGCUGAACAAGGUUAUUUUUCCAGGCCAGCCCCCCCCCCCCCCCCCUCUCUCAAAUGAGCAGAAACAUGCAUAGUGGUUGUUGUUUUGUUGGGUUUUUAUUUUGAAAAAGCAUGUUGAGUUUUCUCCAAUUAUUUUUGCAACUUUUUUAAACUGACGUGGACCCCCCCCCCCCCCCCCCACUGCAUAUUCAAUCAUAUCAUUUUUGUUGUACAGUAUUUGUGCACUUUAGGACGUGAUGUAUCUUGUACUGUACAAAUUGUCUUCAUUGAAGUGGUAUUGAAUGGAUAAAUAAAAUUGCUUUUCUUAAAGCAGA